AUGGGGACGUGCCGCUCCACGAGAUCGCAAACCACAACAAUACCGGCACAUCUUCUACUCUUGCGGAUACUAUUACUAUGUUCUCUGUGCACGGCUACCAAGACGACGUCUGCCCGGACGUCCACCAUCACAGCAGCCCCCAUAUUCCUGCCUCAUUAUGAUCGGGAAUCAUGGUCAAUGGUCCGCGGCAGCAUCAUGGGCAUUAAUGAAACGGCUAGCGAGACGACAUACACAAUCUUCUGCCCGUCCUCUGAGACCGAGACCAGGCCUGCCUGUGGCCUGGCCCUCGACUUCCCAUUCAUCAUCGUAGGCGGGCCGGACACCAUCAUGUUCCACGGCACUGUCACCUCCAUGCUGACCGCCAAUCUCGAAUGCGACCUCGACGACACCACGGCUGCCACCUGCUCCGGCUAUACAAGCUUCAAGCCCAACUACUACUCGAAUCGAUAUUCCUCAGGGGUCACGGAGACAUCGUGGACCUCGACUGUGGCGGGGACCGCCGUCCAAUGGGGCACGCUUACAAUGGCAGCCGUGCCAACCUCGAAGAAGGAACCCCUAGACGUCUCCCUCACCGUCUCGGCUGGGUUUGGGUCCUCUCCCGAUUCGAACUAUGCAACAUCACCAUCUAAGAAGGGGAGUGGCACCACGGUACGGGUGGACUUGCGACUGUCAGCACUGGCCGGGCUGGCUAUCCUCCUCAUCGCCGGUUAUAUCUGGUGA